CUCACACUGGCAUCUCGAACAACGAACAAAUUCUACGCACCUUUAGUCUUUGCAUGCCCAAGGACCGCGAAGAUAAUCAAAUCACCUCUUAUUUUACACGCGUUCACCAAAGCAAGCGACACGCACGCUCCUCCUUGCCGGGGAACAUUAGCCCUUCGAAGCAGAGUGAGAAACGAGAGGAAAGCAGGCCCAGCCGACAAGGAAUCGAUACGGAAGAUUCUAGAGCAAACAAAUCGAACUCAUUAAUAGGAAAUGUGUCUGUACGAGCACCUAAAAGACGCUACUCGACUACACGGGACAACGAACCAAUCAUCAUUCUAGAUACCCCUCCACGGCGUCGGAAACGGAAAGCAGUUGUUUCACCGAAGGCGGGAUAUGACAUAGACCUCACGAUACCAUCCCAAGAUCCCGUUCUGGAGAUCCACAAUGCCGCCCUACCCUCGAAUGCUUCAGUCCUCGAUCCUGUGCGGGCACCGCUUAAAUCCAUGAAAACACAACUGGCUGCCACUGCCACCACCCCAUCUCCCCGUGGAACACCCGCAAGAGACGAGCUUAGGGAUCCCAAGAGGACACCCACCUCUUUGGACUCCUCCAUCACAUCUCAAAGACAACCUGCCUCGAUCUUCAGUACCCCAGAUCGUUCCAGUCCUCCGCCGUUCGUUCCACCUCCUCAGGAUCAAAUUCAACGUCGCAUCUCGUCGGUUUCAGAUCCCGUUCCGGAUGACGAUAGUGUUCCCUCAUCCCAAUCUCAGUAUUUCGGAGCAUUGCCUGUGUUGAACGAUGAUGAUGCCGCCGCCGAGGUUCCGUCGUCUCAGUCGCAAUGGCUGGCGUCUGCACCAGAAACACUCUCUUCAGAUGAAGAAGACGAAUUAGCGUUGGAACUGCCCCAGAUCAGUGGCUUAGAUGUUGUCCCGUCCUCUCAAUCCCAGUGGAUGUCUUCUCUGGACACAAGAGAUGUCGACGAUGAUGAAAUGGCGGUGCCGUCCUCCCAGACACAGUACUUUUCCCAGCCUGCGGACGAAAAGGAUGAACAUGUCGAAGAGGACUCUGCACCACGGAGCUCAGCAGUGCUGUGUCUCUCCUCCACUACGCGUCAGACGGAACAUGGAGAGAACUCAUACUUGGGAUUGAAUAAAAACGAUACUAUUUCGUCAGACGACCUCUUCAACUCAAGUCAAAGCUCCAUCGAAGAGCCGCAUUCGUUACCAGACGCGGUGCAAGAGUUCUUGGAUAUGAUGGACAGUAAUGCUGCUCAGGCUGCGCUCGUUACCGGUGCUGGAUCGGGAAUCGGAUUGGAGACGUCGAUCUUGUUCGCUCAAGAGGGUGCUAACGUCCUUCUCGUCGACAUCAACCUCGCUGCCGCCGAAAAGGCAGCUGCCAUCAUCAAGGAGCGGUACCCCAACGUGAAGACCUUGGCCACGAAGGCUGAUGUGGGCAAAGAGGCGGAUAUCAAGGCUGCCGUCGAUCUUGCGGUCAAAGAACUCGGUCGUUUGGAUGUUAUGUUCAACAAUGCCGGAAUCAUGCACCCCGAAGACGAUAACGCGCUUAACACGGAAGAGCGGAUAUGGGAUCUGACAAUGACGAUCAACCUAAAGGGUGUGUGGUGGGGGUGCAAGUAUGCGAUCCUGGCCAUGCGGGAGAACCCUACGGACGAUUCCAAGGGUCUGCACACCGGCGGAAGCAUCAUUAACACCGCCAGCUUCGUCGCUUUGUUGGGCGCCGCCACGCCCCAGCUGGCUUAUACCGCGUCCAAGGGGGGUGUCCUCGCGAUGACUCGCGAGUUGGCUAUGGUUCACGCGAGGGAGGGUAUUCGCUUGAACUCUAUUUGCCCUGGUCCGCUCAAGACUCCUCUUCUCAUGGAUUUCUUGAACACGGCUGAGAAGCGGGAUCGCCGGAUGAUCCACCUGCCGAUGGGUCGAUUCGGAGAGGCAGUCGAGGUUGCCAAGGGUGCACUUUUCCUCGCUAGUGACGACAGCAGUUAUAUGACCGGCACCGAUUUCAAAGUCGAUGGUGGAUUAUCGUCAGCUUAUGUUACUGCCCUCGGUGAACCGGUGCUUCCUCCUCCAGCCAGCCUCAUUUAGGGUACGAUUAGAUCCGAAUUGUAAUAAUGAAACGUAUUGUACAUGCGAACGAACGGUUGUACAAGACACUCGAAAGAUACAAAGCAAU